AUGUUGCAAGCAGUGGGUGAUGUACGAGAAGGGUUCAUAUGCCCACAAUGUCAUCAAGAUAUGUCGACGAUGGAAAUGUUACAAGUACAUUUUCAAGAUAUUCAUAUGAAACAAUCAUCGUCGACUGUGAAAGGUUUAUUUUCAUUUGCAAAACAAAAAAUCAAAAGUGUACAAGAUAAUUUUACAAACAUUCCUAAUGAGCAAACAAAUAAUUAUGCGCAAUAUUUCUCUUCUGAUCAAAAUGAUUCAUCAUCAAAACCACAACAAAUUGGAUAUAUUCGUUCAUAUACUGAUAGAUUUAAGAAAGAACGAAAAGCUCAACACGAUCAAAUAUCCAUUGAAACGACUCGUCUUUUGCUUCGAAUCGAAAAAUUAAUAAGCACUGGCGAAAACAUACCGAAAAAUGCUAAUACAAAAGAACGUCGAAAAUACGAACAAGACAUUGUCGAAUGGAUCGAUGAUGCAAAAGUUACAUUAUGUCCAUCGUGUGCUAAGUCAUUUAAUUUAUCCAGGCGAAAACAUCAUUGUCGCCUUGAUGGAUUUGUUAUUUGUGAUCCAUGCUCAAGAUUUCUUCUAUUUUCAAAAGCUCGAUAUUUAAUUGAGCCAAGUACAUCAUCAUCAUUACCAAAUGGUUUAUCGCUUCAACGUUCGAAUAGUUUGACAAGUUUAAAUUCAACAACUGCUGACAACUCAGCUUAUAAAGAUAGAACGAAUAAUGAAGAUUAUCUUCGUAUUUGUUUAUCAUGUCAAAAAGUGUUACAGAGACGUUAUGAUCAAAUAUGUUUUAAAAAUACUCAACGCGAUGAAGUUUUUGUUUCUUAUGAAAAAAUUGUUGAAGCAAAAAAAAUACUUGACGAAAUUCAUUCAACAUAUUCUACUAUGAUUGAAUCUCUUUUAAAUGGUGAUACAAAAUAUCAAAUAGUUGAUGCACAAAAAUUAUACCGACAAUUAAGUACUUGUUAUGACAAAAUUGAUUCUACAUCAAAACAUAUUUCAAAAUUAGCUGAUUCAUGUCUAAAUAUCGAUGAAGAUGAUACUCAAUCAAUAAUUCGUUAUUCAGCUCUUUGUCGAAACAUGCGAAUGUAUGCAAUACAUGUGUUACAAAAUUUCGCUAUAUCAACGAGACGUGUGCCAAGUGAAGAGGAUGUUAAAAGAGCACGCGAAGAACGGAAACGAUUAAUUGAAGAACGAAUUGAAUCAGAACGUGCGGCUAAAGCUGAAUUAGCUUCACGAAUACCACUAACUGAUUCGCCGACAGUAAAGAAAAAAGAAGUGUCUGGUUGGAGACCAACAAUUGAUCGUAAUUUAUUAGUACAAGCACAAGAACUGAAUCCACUCGUUCAACAAGUUUAUCAAGUAACAGAAUAUAUUCGACAAGCACAGAUAGCUGGACGUCUCGACGAAGUUGAAUCCUUGAAAUUGAAUUUAAAAGAACUUGAGCAAGCUUUGAAUCAUGCUCAACAACAAGAAAAUGUAUCAACAUUUGAUUCUUAG